AUGAAACUUGCACUACGCCUGUCAUCACGUCGCUGCCCUUAUUCAUCUAAGAAUACUAAUGCUUUUUUUCAAACAAACAGUUUAAAUAAAACAACUAAUACAAUUACAGCGAGUAAUCAAAAUGCACACGAAAACAUGGAACAUCUUGGUAAUGAAUUAACUGUCCAAAACAAUGCAUCACAAUGUGAAAGUCAACAAUCUUCAUCUUUACAAAUGAGUUGUGAACAAAAAAAUGUUUCCGUUAAUGAUAAAAAACUUGAUCGAGAUAAAUUUGAAAAACAGGAUCAGGAAACCAAACAAACACUUGAAGACAUGCAUUAUGUAAGUUAUAAUGGUGAACUUCUCUGGAGAGUUGAAGAUUUUGCUCGGAAAUUCGCUGAAGCUCAAUCUAGAAAACACCCUUCAAUAGUAUCACCAGUAUUCUAUUCAUCACCAACUGGUUAUAAAAUGCGUGCAUCUUUAUUUUUAAAUGGUGAUGGUGAUGUUGAAGGUACACAUAUGUCUAUAUAUCUUGUUCUUUAUAAAGGAGAUUAUGAUGCUAUUGUUUGGUGGCCAUUUACUAUUCCUGUUGUAUUUUGUCUGUUUGAUCAAACUGGUCAAGGUCUUCACAUUAUUGAUAGAUUUUAUCCUGAUGCAACAUCAAGUAGUUCUCAAAAACCAACUUCAGAAAAGAAUAUCGCCAGUGGUGUACAAAAAUUCUGUCAGUUAGUAGUUAUUAAAACAAAAGAAAACUGUUAUGUUCGAGAUGAUACAAUGUUUAUUAAAAUUAUGUUGGAUUUUGGCAAAACACCUAGACAAAUUUUACCAUAUACAUUGAGCUUUAAUCCUGGUUUGCCAGAACACAUACAAGAAGCUAUGCGUUGUAUGGAAAUUGAAAAAUAUGAACAAGCUCGGAAAGCACUUAUGGCAAAAGUGGUUCAAGAAGAUCAAGAAAUAUUACGGUGUAGUCUAAUUCCUGUAAAUCGAUCAGCCGUACAAGUAACUGCACAACAACAACUAACUUCAACAACAAAUUCCGAAGAUGGUAUAUCAUGUGAAGAUAUAGCAAAUGAAUAA